UCGUGACCAAGUUCGCAAGAUGGAGCGUAACGGUGUUGGAGCGAUGGCAGUGGCCUUUACCGGAUUCCUCGUGCUGCUGCUGUGCUGUGGCCAGUCCACUUUGGCCAGUCCAAUUCAUUCCGGUCCGAGCAGAAUUGUGCGUGAAGCACGACCCCAGUUCGUGUUCGGCGGAAAUGGUGUCUUUCCGAGUGGUCCGGGCAUUGGCGUGCAGACACCGAUCGCGGGCGCCCAUUUGGGUCUAACGUCGGGCUUAACGGUGAAUGUUGGUCGUCAGCCACCGUUCGUCCAACCGCAGCAGCAGCAGCAGCAGCCACAGGUUCCAGCCGAGCAGCCAGUGCCGGCCAGUGUCGAGAGUGCUCCUCCGGUUGUUCCGGCCAAGGAGGAAAGUCUCGGUACGCGUAUCGAUGGUGAGGCGACACCAGCAACCACGGAGAUACUCGAGGAUCAUCCGUGUUACAAUUACGAUCCGAGUCAAGCGACGGCUUCGGCCCAGGAUGCUCCAAGUGAUGGUAUGACCACCGAGCAUCCGUGUGCCGGUGUCGGUGCUGGCAACAAGAUAAACCCGAAACAGGCCGCUCUCCUUUCACUCGUUGGAUGAGCACUCGGCAGGACGUUUCAGGUGAAAGUGUGCUGUUGAAGUGUUUUAUUUAAGUUUUUU